AUGCGCAUCAUUUCAAGCAGUGCAGCCGCUGUCGUGACUAGGCAUUCCCAGAUGCAUCAUGGUGUUCUGGCACCUAUAACUAUGCACGGUGACUUCAAGUUAGGGGCGCAAGUUACCAGCAUUCCUCCGGAAGUCAAGGAACUAAAGUCCGUUGCUCGUGGCAAGGGGAGCCAUAUGAAAGAAGGUCAUACGAACGUAACUUACUUAUUGGAAAAUAACGGUGGGCGAGGUGGCCUAUGGGUGGCGUCGAAGCUGAUGUACGGUGUUAGUGAUGUAGAUUUGACUGCCCAGAACAAAACCGACAAGGUCGCGAUUAUGCUUGACGGUGCAGAAAUUACUCGUCACAACUGCAAACGAACAUUGAACGAAAAGAACAAGGUUUGCGCCGAUCGUGCUCAAUGGAGUAAGAAUCAUGUCACAAGUGCAGCCCAUAUAUACCAUUCUAGCGACUCUCCGAGACCCAGUGAGCCUUGCAAUGUCAUCUCGCCAACCUCGAGGUCCAACUGCACAGUCAUUUCCACCUCGUCAACAUUUCACAACCCCAUCUACCUACUCUCAACAUGCUCAAACUACACUACGCCAACCAGCCCCGAGUGCCCGGACUUCCACAUCGCCGUAGGAGGGUCCACUCGUGUGACUCCACCGAGUUCCCAUUCAAUGGUCGUCCGGGAUUCCCAUGAUUUCUCUCUCGCAUUAUCUAUCCAGGCUGCUCAAGCCGAUACCAGAGAAUGCUCCUGGUACGGGGUGUGGUCCAAAGUCUUGGAAAGAUAUAUAUUCCGUAAUGCGGAUGCACCCCGAACAGCGUGCACCUGCAUUCCGCAGUAUUCCCUCGUUGCAUCCCAUGAUUCAAGUCGCUCGCCGCAGAGUGGUAGCUCCGGUUGGUCUGACGUAGUCAUGGGCAGCCCUUCACAAGAUCGGCAUUCGAUGACUCUAGGGAGCCCCCUUCCUGGACCACCCUUAGUGCCAUACAACCAUACCCCAGAUUUUAGUCCUGAUCCACAGGCAAUUUUCGGAGGACCACUGCCUCCCCUUACACCUAGCCCUCCACACUCAGGCUCGUUGCGUCAUGUACCGUACCCUGAAAGUCCUAUUGCACAGCGUGUCACUCGUUUGCAAUCUCUUCAUGCGAAGGAUGCUUCCAACCUUCCAGUCAACACCCGUCCACUGCCUCAAUCCUCAUCGCCAUAUCAAAUUCCAUUAGGUGGUAUUCCCCCAACAACUCCACCCAGACAGACUACCGGCUUGUCGGAUGCAUCCUUCAGAAUUCCGGACUUUGUGCAAAUACUCGAGCAUGCACAAAAGCCCUUCCCAGUCAUUACUGGUCAUGUAAUCCGCCGGGUGAUCAUGAUAGUUGAAAUCAAACCGGAGCCACCUGCCGGUACGAUGUUUAAAUGGGAACGUAUCUGGAAGAGUCAAGUACAGGAGCAGGUUCUUCAUGCAUUUGAGGCUGAUCGUACUCUCAAAUACUUGGGAGUCAUCAUAGCUGCUGGUCGUCGUUGGGUGUAUAGCACUGUGGACCGUAGCGAUCUAGUUCCUCGGACAAUGUCAGAGAAGCGCGAUCCAACUUGGCGCGGCACUGGACCGCGAGUACCAUCGUCUGAUGACUCCGUGGUAGAGGAGAGGGAAGUCCAGCGUGUUAUGCCCUCGUUGAACUCCCUCGACUUUCUCCCCAAAGCAGAGAAUGGUACCUUGUAUCAAUUUGAUCUCCUGGACGCCAGGGGAGAGUCUCUUAGAGCCUUUAAAGGGAUUUUAGAUGACCUGCGCUAUCAUAACAGUGAUAUUUGGAUCUAGGACAUCUUGAUAACGCAGUCAGGAGGGAUGUGGGAUCAUCGCGAAGUGGGAUGGACGUAGAAAUAUAAGCAUGCGGUGUACAACGAUGUUAGGUAGAAUGUCACAAAUAUAGAUAAUAUUGUGGUCAUGUAGUCGCUACAUGCAGUAGGAUUCGAUGAAGACGCCAUGAAUGGCUGUUAUAUAUCAACCGUUUUGAAAGUA